CAGUCUGUGAAUUGAGCCGGGGGUGUGGAGCAGCCAAGAUGGAGCCGGCGGUCGGCAGUCCCGGCCUGCUGAUUAUGAACAACAAGCAGCCCCAGCCACCGCCACCUCCGCCGCCCGCAACGGCGCAGCCUCCAACUGGGGCACCGCGGACCGCCGGGAGCCUCGUGCCCGGGGGCAAAGCCCGAGAGUUCAACCGCAACCAGCGCAAAGACUCGGAGCAGGGCUAUUCCGAGUCUCCAGACCUGGAGUUUGAGUAUGCUGACACGGACAAGUGGGCUGCAGAGCUCUCAGGACGUGGACAUGGAGACGAUGACACUUUGUUCUUGACAGAGCUUUACAGCUAUACAGAAGGGCCAGAAUUCCUGAUGAAUCGAAAAUGCUUUGAGGAGGACUUCCGGAUGCACGUGACAGAUAAGAAGUGGACUGAGCUGGACACCAACCAGCACCGCACCCACGCUAUGAGGCUCCUGGAUGGCUUGGAGGUCACUGCCAGGGAGAAGAGGCUGAAGGUGGCUCGAGCGAUCCUCUACGUUGCCCAAGGCACCUUUGGGGAGUGUAGCUCGGAGGCAGAGGUGCAGUCCUGGAUGCGCUACAACAUCUUUCUGCUCCUGGAGGUGGGCACGUUCAACGCUUUGGUGGAGCUUCUGAACAUGGAAAUAGACAACAGUGCUGCCUGCAGCAGUGCGGUGAGGAAGCCGGCCAUCUCCCUGGCUGAUAGCACGGACCUGAGGGUCUUGCUAAACAUCAUGUACCUGAUUGUGGAGACCGUUCACCAGGAAUGUGAGGGUGAUAAGGCCGAAUGGAGGACAGUGCGACAGACCUUCAGGGCUGAGCUGGGUUCCCCUCUGUACAACAGCGAGCCAUUUGCCAUCAUGCUAUUUGGGAUGGUGACCAAAUUUUGCAGCGGCCAUGCCCCUCACUUCCCCAUGAAGAAGGUUCUCUUGCUGCUCUGGAAGACAGUGUUGUGCACACUGGGUGGCUUUGAGGAGCUGCAGAGCAUGAAGGCCGAGAAGCGUGCCAUCCUGGGCCUCCCUCCGCUGCCUGAGGACAGCAUCAAAGUCAUCCGCAACAUGAGGGCCGCCUCUCCCCCAGCGUCUGCCUCUGACCUGAUCGAGCAGCAGCAGAAACGGGGCCGUCGGGAGCACAAGGCUCUGAUAAAGCAGGACAACUUGGAUGCCUUCAACGAGCGGGAUCCCUACAAGGCUGAUGACUCUCGAGAGGAGGAAGAGGAGAACGAUGACGACAGCAGUCUGGAGGGGGAGACAUUCCCCCUUGAGCGGGAUGAGGUGAUGCCUCCCCCACUGCAGCACCCCCAGACUGACAGGCUUACCUGCCCAAAGGGGCUCCCGUGGGCUCCCAAGGUCAGAGAGAAAGACAUCGAGGUGUUCCUCGAGUCCAGCCGCAGCAAGUUCAUAGGUUACACUCUGGGCAGUGACACAAACACAGUGGUGGGGCUGCCCAGGCCAAUCCACGAAAGCAUCAAGACUCUGAAGCAGAGAGAAGAGAAAGAGGGGCUGAGACUGUCCUGUUCCUCCUCCCGUACUGGCCAGCCCGGGAGGGGAGGACACAAGUACACGUCGAUUGCAGAGGUCCAGGCGCAGAUGGAGGAGGAGUACCUUCGCUCUCCUCUCUCAGGGGGAGAAGAGGAAGUCGAGCAAGUCCCUGCAGAAACCCUCUACCAAGGCUUGCUCCCCAGCCUGCCGCAGUACAUGAUUGCGCUGCUGAAGAUCCUGCUGGCCGCAGCUCCCACCUCAAAGGCCAAAACGGACUCAAUCAACAUCCUAGCAGAUGUCCUGCCUGAGGAGAUGCCCACCACAGUGUUGCAGAGCAUGAAGCUGGGAGUGGAUGUGAACCGCCACAAAGAGGUCAUUGUUAAGGCCAUUUCUGCGGUCCUGCUGCUGCUGCUCAAGCACUUUAAGUUGAACCACGUCUACCAGUUUGAGUAUAUGGCACAGCACCUGGUGUUUGCCAACUGCAUCCCUUUGAUCCUGAAAUUCUUCAAUCAAAACAUUAUGUCUUACAUCACUGCCAAGAACAGCAUCUCUGUCCUAGACUACCCUCAGUGCGUGGUGCACGAGCUGCCGGAGCUGACUGCCGAGAGUCUGGAAGCAGGUGACAAUAACCAGUUUUGCUGGAGGAACCUCUUUUCCUGUAUUAAUCUGCUUCGGAUCUUGAACAAGCUGACAAAAUGGAAGCAUUCGAGGACGAUGAUGCUGGUGGUGUUCAAGUCAGCCCCCAUCUUGAAGCGGGCCCUGAAGGUGAAACAGGCCAUGAUGCAGCUCUAUGUGCUGAAGCUGCUCAAGGUGCAGACCAAGUAUCUGGGGCGGCAGUGGCGAAAGAGCAACAUGAAGACGAUGUCUGCCAUCUACCAGAAGGUGCGGCAUCGGCUGAACGACGACUGGGCUUACGGCAAUGGUGAGGCUCCCCACGAGAUCUUGAUGCCCGGCCUUGGGACUUCCAGGCAGAGGAGUGUGCCCUUCGUGCCAACAUCGAGCGCUUCAACGCCAGGCGGUACGACCGGGUCCACAGCAACCCCGACUUCCUGCCUGUGGACAACUGCCUGCAAAGUGUCCUGGGCCAGCGGGUGGACCUCCCUGAGGACUUCCAGAUGAACUAUGACCUCUGGUUAGAAAGGGAGGUCUUCUCCAAGCCCAUUUCCUGGGAGGAGCUGCUGCAGUGAGGCUCCUGGGCAAGAGACUGAAAAUGAAAGAAGGGGUGAUCUCCAGGUACCCCAGGGGCUGUCCUGGUUCCUUGCUGCAGUGCUCCCAUCCCCCUCCAGGUGGCAGCACAGCCCCACUGUGCCCUUCCCAGCCAGUGCUGGGUUGGCUGGGGAGUCUGCAUCUGACCUCUCAUUGAUUCCCAGCGUCCUGCUCGUGAGUGGUCAUCUCUCUGCUUGGGAUCCUCUCUUCCUUCACUCCUCCGCGCCCUCCUCUCUUGGACAUAGUUGGUUGCAGCUCAUUUGUCAUUCCACCCAAGGCUGGGAAAACCUGGGAUGGGCUGGGAACCUGCUGCAUCUGAAUUUCAGGGGUCACGCUGACUCUUCCUGAGACACAAAUCCUUGGCAUGUCAGCUUGCCAAAGAGGAGGGCUUACGAUUAGAGCCAGGCCAGAAAGUCAGAAUCUUGGUUUUGCUUUGGGGGCUUUCUGAUGUCAUUCCAGCCUCUUGCUAAGUUUCAUCUAGAAGCAAUUGCAGAGGCUCCUGCAGCUGCCUCAGCAGUUUGGUUUUGGACGGGGUUGGGACAGGAAGAGAAGCUUCCCUUAACCAGAGGUGCCAUUUUUUUUUUCUUGGUGUGCAAGGGUCUGUAAAUAUAUAUGAAUCUGUGUGUGUUCUCUUGUGUCAUAUUGGGGUUUUUAAUGUGUUUGUGUAUUCUGUUUACAUUAAAAGGAAGCAAAAACAA